CCCCUGCACUGUCGCCAGGGAAACCCCGUGGCGUGGUUGUGUGUCAGUUUCGCUGGGACCCGCGGUCGAUGCCGGUGAGGAGGGGGAUGGGCGCUUCUGCGAAUGUAAGGACCCGAGACAGAAUCAGAGCCCUGUAUCACAUACAGCAGCAUAUACCCCAUUAUAAAUAGCGACAGUAUAUACAAUACACUAAAAUACAUGGAUUUAUCCACCGGGGAACUAUAAUAGACACUCAAUGGAUGCAGUGCACCUGAACAGGACAGGGAAUUUAACUUUCCGUCUAUGCGUGGGAGACACUGAGAAGUUUGUUUCCUACCCCUGGAGAGGGAGCUACUUUUAAGGGCAAAGGAUACAGGAGACUCCGAGGCCGACCUACAGGCCUACUGGUCUGUUUGGAUUUGAUGUUGGGAUACUCUAAGGACCCACUGUACAUGCGUUUGCCUCGCUUAUUCAAGUUUGGAAUGCCUCUUUAGACUGUGUGGGCUGCAGCUAGCAAACCUGGCCUCUCGGAACCCAUCGGAAACACAAGCCCCUCCAGCAUUUCCCCUGACCCUGACGUGCCUUCUUAACUCACCCUGGGAAAGCUAAGAAUGAAUUGCUCGGCUGCAUGUUGCUGCUCUGCCUUGGACUGACCCGCCAUGUUGUUUUUUUUCCAGGCCUCUCAAGCAGCUUCCAUUUAUGCCCCACAUGACCGUGAGCCGUGGGCUACGGCUCGGCGGCGCCCCACCUCUGAGUGGUCCGUCGCUGUAGUUGGGGACCCUGUAAUUCCCCUCCUUGCCUCUCCUCCUCCCCCUCCCCCAUCCCAUCCCAUCCUGUCCCUCCCCUUCCCCCCCUCCCCCCCCCCCUCUUCCCCAUCUCCCACGCGUCGCUGUGCCGGACGUCAUGAGCAUAGUAAUCCGCGCUGGGAGUCACCACAGCCUGAAACGUCUUACUCAGAUAUGGCUGCUGGAUCAGACCCAGAGUCAGUUGAAGCAAGCCCUGCCGUGAAUGAAAAAAACUACAACAACCACAGCUGUGGCAGCGCACAGAGUCAUGGGUAUCGGGGACUACCAUAUGCUGAUCACAACUAUGGUGCGCGCCCCCCUCCCCCCACCCCACCCGCCUCCCCGCUCUCCCAAACCAUCAUUCCCCGCAUGGACCUCAACGGAGUGGUACGCAGCUUCUCCCGCUACCACGACGCCACCGGAGGACAACUCGGAGACAGCGACAGCUCCUCAGAAGAGGACGGGGCCGUGGCCAGCUGGUGUCACUGCAGCCUGACACCGGACGGCCUGCUCAUCAAGUGUGACAACUGCAGUGGACUGGACAGGAGGAAAGGAGCAGAAGGCCAACACAGAAAACCCGAAAAUGUCUCCGCUGGUGAGAGCAGUGCCACCGAAAGUGGUGACGAAGAGGUGUCGCCCUCCACCAUCUCCUACACCGCCACCCAGCAUACACCCACCAGCAUCAAACUCACCGUCAACCGGGUCAAAAGGAGCAAGUCCAAAAAGAGAAAGAAGAGCACAGAGAAGGCCCGUGGAACACAGAAGGGCAAGAAAGUCAAGGCUUUCAGAGAGGGUUCUAGGAAGUCCAUGAGGAUGAAGAACUCAACAACGGAGGCCAGCGUGCUGGAUGAGAACACGGCAGAGGGAUGGGAGAGCAGGAUCCGCCAGUGGACGGACCAGUACGAGGAGGCUCUGGCCAAUCAAUACAGCGCCGACGUCCAGACACUCCUCCAGCUACACCGCGCUGCCAGCACCCCCAUCUCAAAGGCGGAGAGCAACACAUCGGCGUCCCCUUCCACCACACAGAUCCACGCCUCAGUUGACACCAUGGACACCAUCAACCGCACUGAGCUGGCCUGUAACAACACUGUGCUGGGCUCACAGAUGCAGCUCCAGUUGGGUCGGGUAACGCGUGUGCAGAAACACAGGAAGAUCCUACGCGCAGCCAAGAACCUGGAACCAGACACGCUCAUCAUUGAAUAUCGGGGCAAGGUCAUGCUCAAACAACAGUUUGAAGGGAAUGGGCACUUCUUCAAAAAACCCUACCCCUUUGUGCUGUUCUACUCCAAGUUUAAUGACGUAGAGAUGUGUGUCGAUGCGAGGACCUUUGGAAAUGACGCACGCUUCAUCAGGAGGUCGUGUACACCCAAUGCCGAGGUCCGGCACAUGAUUGCUGAAGGCAUGAUCCAUCUGUGUAUCUACGCCAUCGGUCAAAUCACAAAGGACGCUGAGGUCACCAUUGGAUUUGACUACGAGUUCAAUAGCUGUAAUUACAAAGUGGACUGUGCCUGCCAUAAGGGCAACCAGAACUGCCCAGUGCAGAAGCACAACCUGAGCCCCAGGGAGAGCUUGCUCAGCGCCCCCUCACUGCUGCCGCCCUCCGCUCUGGCGGGCGCCGAGACCCGGCGGAGAAAAGCCCGCAGGAGAGAGCUAGAGAGCUGCCUCGCCAGUGACGGCAACCAGACCCUAAACCAGCACCAGGAGGCCAAAGAACUGCAGGGGACCAGUGACGCAGAGGAGAGACUGCUUGAUGAGCUGAACAUGGAAGAGGGAGAGGAAGGCGAGGUGGAUGAAAACGGGGUCGCCAUCUCCAGUAAAAGAAUGUGUAACAACCUGGAAAGGAGGCGCAAGAGAGUGGGAGGAGCAGAAGUCAAGGAGGAGGGUGUGGAAAGUGAGGACGGGGCGGGAAACCCUGCAGGGAACACUCCCACACCCCACAAUGCCGGAGUGGGGGUCAGCACACGACGCUCCACUUAUGUGAUGGACCCGCCAUCUACUGAAGAAAAGACCUCAUUACCCAACCUUCCUGCUCCCAUUGCACCCCCUAAACCCGCACGACCCACCAAGCCUCGGCCCAAAAGUCGAAUCUCCCGCUACCGGUCAAGUUCGUCCCAGCGAGCACGGCGCCAGCGCCAAGCCCUCGCCCAGCAAGCAGCAGCCGCAGCAGCGGCAGCGGCAGCGAUGGCAGCAACGCUGUCAUCAGCUGACCAGGGUGCCUGUCUGGACGAGGAGGGAUCUCAGGGCCCGUAUGGUUCUGAACACGGCCACGGAGAGAGCGGUCUGGGUGGUCAUCUCCUAGACGGAGAUGGCCAUGGUCUAAACUGUAUAAAUAGAGGCAACUCGCGUUACCCCAAGACCAAGAAGUACCUGGUUACAGAGUGGUUAAAUGACAAGGUCCCUGGAGGGGAGAAGGUCCACCAAGAGGUGCCCAUUGAGCGCCCUCUACGGAUAACCACUGACCCCACGGUGCUGGCCACUACCCUCAACAUGCUGCCGGGCCUCUCCCACACAUCACUCAUCUGCACCACGCCCAGACACUACGUCCGCUUCGGCUCCCCCUUCAACCCCGAGAGACGCCGGCCUCGCCCGCUCCAAAUGGACGGCACUUACGGCUGCUACAAGAAGAGAUGGAUAAAGCAGGUGGAGGAUGAGAGCUGUUCAGCCAGUGUGGAGGAUGGCACAGAGUCCACCUCCUCUCAGCAAAGUACCAGUAGCAGGUCCACCCCCAACCCCCUGUCAAGUGAUCUCAACGCACCGUUUAAGAAGCGGCGCUCUAAGUAUGCGUCGGACACAACGGCAGCACCCUCGGACCACCUGCUUCGCCCGCUGUCGCCCAUCACGCCGCCACUCCCGGAGGACUCCCUCCACCCGUCACUCCACAACCCCUGCGGCUCCCUGCUGCCCAACGGCCUGGUCUACUCGCCCAUGCCCUCGCUGCCCGCCAGCCGCUGCAACACGCCGCUGCAAUUCGAGAACAUAUCGUCCCCGGAGGCGUCUCCUGUUCAUCGGCCAGAGUCCAUCUCUCCUGAGCCGUGUCUUCAGACAGACUUUGAAAUCUCUCGUCCUCAGUUCCCCGACCUGUCCCUCCCCUCCAGUUUGGAGAGCCCUAUGGCGCUGACCUCGGAUGACUUUUGCCUCCCUGGAGGCCCUUCAGGCCACGACUCACAGGGUCCAUCAUCUGUAGGAACAAGCUCCAUAAACCCAGCGUCCUGUCCAUCCUCAGACCUCGCUUCCCAACACAGAGAGCAGGCCUUCAGGACAGAGUUCAACCUCAUAUACACCUGCUCGCCCCUCAAUGCAAACCUGGGCAACCCUGUGGCCAUGGACCGACACCUCUCCCAGUCCGAAGGUGGCUUUUCUCCAGCAGAGUCCUUCCACAGCUCCAUAAGCGGUCAGGGGCCGCUGGGAGACGCGGGCCCCGGCUCCAUGUCGCCCUAUGGCGAGCCUCACUAUGGAGGAGGCUACCCGGAUAGUGGCACGCCUCCUCACACCAGCAACCCACCGCAAAAGAAGAAGGUGUCUUUGCUGGAAGUACCGCAAGAGGGAAGCAGGGCAGCGGCCGCGACUCGGAGCCAACUGGCGGCUCGUCGCUGGGCGGCACCCCCACCCGGCCCUGCUCUCACUACAGCCAGGACUCCCACCACCCCCACUGCCAUCAGGCAGAUGCAGCCGACGGCCCUCCCACACAGCUCCUUCUCCUCCUCGGCGCACGCCUCCUCCGUCCCGCAGAUAGAGGAGGUCAGUCCUCCAGACCACCAGAGCUCGUCCGUGCAGCCCAGAGGCCAGGACAGCAACAACCAGUGGAUGGUCCCCACUACUGUUGAACGUCUAAGGGAAGGUCAGGGGGUUCUGGAGCGAGUGCUGAGAAGCAUCAAGAUGGAGCGUGUUUACAAGAGGAGUGACGGUUCUACAGAGAAGGAAACUGAUGCAGAUCGGUAUGAGAUGCAGGCCGCGUCCAUGGCUUCUCCCAUGAAGAGUCCACACAGAUACAGUCCGUCUGUGUACUCACACCAGUCAUCAGAAAGCCACCGGCAGACCGACAGCCCGUCGUUCCUCCAGCAGACCUCCAACUCUCCAUUCCGGGGUUCCUACAGUCCCUCAUCAGGCCAGAGCUUCUACCCACGCCACGUGUCCCAGGACUACCCUCCAUCCUCCUACCCCUGUCGCACCCCCACCCCCACCUCCUCCUCGGACUCCCGGCCGCCAGUGGGCUCUCUACACCAGCAGAGUGGCAGCUGUAGCGUGGAUGGAGGCCACGGCUACAGCAGCAACCACUUAAAAGCGAGCCUUUUGAACAGCAGCUGCUUAGCGGGGUCUCCCAGUCCGGGACCCAUGCCCCACGGGCAGACUAAGACAGACUCGGGCGCCCAUGCCUCCAGAGGGAGUCAGCAGCAGGCAUCUCGCAGCAUGAAGUCGGGCAGCCCCGGGCAGGCUGGCUCCAGGCUGCUGCCGGCCAGCGGACCGACACACUACCCACAGAGAGGGACGAGCCUCAGUCAGUUCCAGCACUCCCCUCUCCAGGGACCCGGAGUACGGACACAGUCAGGAAGCUUUUAGGACCUUGUUAAAGUGUGUGUGUGUGUGCGUGCGUGCGUGCGUGCGUGAGUGAGUGUGUAUGAAGCUGCGUACCUCCUCAACCCCUAAAGCUGCGGUGAAAUGGGGCUCAGGGAGUUUGGGGAGGGGAAAUGUACAGACCUAAAAGGAGCAAGGACUUCUUUACGGAUUUCUCCUUUUCAUAUUUUCUGUCUUUUCUUUCAUUAUUUUCAGAAAAAAGAAAACAAAUUACCACAUUCUGCACAAAGCUAAUCAUUGACUUUGGAUGUCAUUACAGAAUCAGUGGAAAAAGUGAUUUUGAUGACACAUUCUGAAAAACAAAAAACAAAAAAACAAACAGAAAUCACGUGUAACUUGAAAUUGUCCCCAGUGUUUCCUCAUGUGCCGGACUGUGCAAACAGGCUCUAUAAUGUCGGAAAGUAAAAACUUCCACACAAAUGUCUGUACAAAGUUAUAAAAAAAAGCCGUGCCUGUCGCCAUGGUACCCAGGUUGGAUAAAUGCUGAGAUGAAUAUGUAACUGAAAGCAAGAGUUGUUUUAUUUUUUAUUUUAUUAUUUUUCUCGACGUUAUGUUUUUCUGAUUUGGCGAGUGGCCGAGUCUGUGCUGCAGUAAAUAAGUGUUUGAUUUGGAAAGAGGGGGAACGAUUCAAGCAGCAUGUUAUUCAUCCGUUCUAAAGAUGCAUUAGAGAGGCGGGGAGGACGGGGUCUCCCUGGAAACCAUCAUUCCAUAUGAUUGCCAGCUUCAGUGUUCUCUCACCAAACAUGAAAAAAGGCCCUUUUUCUUUCUCUCCCUCCGUUUCUCGGUCUCCCUCUUUCUCCCUCUGUCUCUCACUCCUUUCGUCUCCCUCUGUCUCUUUAUCAGUUCUCCGUUGUUCCGUUUUUGUUUCGGUUCUCUCACCCCCCCACUGGAUUGUGUUUGAUUUCACAUUAGAACUACUUCACUGUAGACCUCUGAUAUUGUACUUGAGACAUACAGGUCUUAUGAUUCAUGGUGCUGCAUUCUUAUUUUUGUUUUGUUUUUUCAAUAAAUUUGAAAUCCAGUUAAGUUCCCCACAUA